AUGGAAUGGGACCCGGGAGCAGCAGGCCCUCAACAAGGUAAUUGUAUCGGCAGCUCCAGCAACGGUUGCUUGUUGGACUGCCUCGUGCUCCGGGGCAUCUACAACCAAGGCCGCAGCAGCCCCAGUACUGGGCCGAGUAUCCCCUCAGACCGCAGGAUGAUGUCCCUCCGCCGCCUCCUCCUUGCCGCCCUGCUGCUGGUGAUUGUCUGGACUCUGUUUGGGCCCUCAGGCCUCGGGGAGGAGCUCUUGAGCCUCUCACUCCCCUCCUUACUUCCCUCUCCGGUGUCGCCAGGGCCGCCCAUGGAUUUGCCCCGCCUCCUGAUCCCUAAUGUGGAGGCGUGUCGUGGGCCCGGCGCUCCUCCCUUCCUGCUUAUUCUGGUGUGCACCGCGCCCGAUAAUUUUCACCAAAGAAACGCCAUCCGGGCCUCGUGGGGCGGUCUGCGUACUGCCAGGGGGCUGAGGGUGCAGACCCUCUUCCUGCUGGGAGAGCCUGUCCAUCCACUGCCCACUUUGGACAAACAGAGAAGUAAUUUGGUAUGGGAGGCUCAGACCCAAGGAGACAUCAUACAGGCUGCUUUCCAUGAUUCCUACCGGAACCUCACACUCAAAACACUCAGCGGACUGAACUGGGCCAGCGAGUACUGUCCCAUGGCCCGCUACAUUUUAAAGACUGACGAUGAUGUGUAUGUCAACGUCCCCGAACUGGUUUCAGAGUUGGUCUGGCGAGGGGGCCACUUGGAGAAAUGGAAAAGGACUAUGGAGCCCCAGGGAGUUGGAGCUGCAACUGAAGAAAAGCAAGAACGAGCAGACCAGGCCUUAGCGUACGAGCCUGUUCCUCUUUUAUACCUAGGCCGGGUGCACUGGCGUGUGUACCCCACUAGGACACCAGGAAACCGACAUCAAGUGUCUGAAGAGCAAUGGCCUGAGACCUGGGGCCCCUUUCCACCUUACGCCUCAGGUACAGGGUAUGUGCUGUCAGCUUCUGCCGUGCAGCUCAUCCUAAAGGUAGCCAGUCAGACACCCUUUCUGCCACUGGAGGAUGUUUUUGUGGGGAUAAGUGCCCGAAGAGGAGGCCUCACUCCAACUCACUGUGUCAAGCUGGCUGGUGCCACCCAGUACCCCCUAGACAGGUGCUGCUAUGGGAAGUUCCUGCUGACAUCCCACAGGUUGGACCCCUGGAAGAUGCAGGAGGUAUGGAAGCUGCUGGACAACCCUGAUGGGAAAAAGACUAUGCCUUUCUGCUCCUGGCUCCAAGGAGCCCUGGGCAUUCUGAGGUGCCGGGCAAUAGCCUGGCUUGACAGCUGA